AUGUUGUCGGAAGGCAGCUCCUUCAUGAAGGGGAUGGCCCUGGGAGGCAUAUUCUGCCUGUUGUUGUCCCUGUUAGGGAGCUUCACACCAGGCAUGCAGUCUAGCCCAGAGGACCAGCACCACCACCACCACAUCAAGGCUCCCACCAACGACGAGCUACAGAGCCUGUCUGAGCCCCAAAUGGUGGAGCUGAGCCAGAAGGUGCGAGUCUAUUGUGUCAUCAUGGUUCAGCCUAAGGUCCUAGUGUAUUGGGCCACAGCCAAGGACACCUGGAGUAAACACUGUGACCAGGCCGUAUUCUACAGCUCUGAGUCAGCCAAGGCCCUGGAAGCAGUGGACCUUAACGAACAGGACGAGUGGACCAAGCUGCGCAAGGCCCUGAAGCACGCGUACGACAAUUCCGGCGACCUGCGCUGGUUCUUCGUGGCACGGCCUACCACCUUCGCCAUCAUCGAGAACCUCAAGUACCUCAUUCUGGCCAAGGACCCCAACGAGCCCUUCUACAUCGGCCACGCCAUGAAAUCGGGCGAGCUGGAGUACGUGGAGUACGAGAGCGGCAUCGUGCUGAGCUACGAGGCCCUCAGGAGGCUGGUGAACGUGUUCAAAGACGAGGAGAAGUGUCCAGAGCGAGGCAGAGCCCUGUGGAAGCUGAGCGAGGAGAAGCAGCUGGCUAUAUGUCUGAAGUACACCGGGGUCUUUGCAGAGAAUGGCGAGGACACACAGGGCAAGGGGCUGUUCAACAGUAAGAGUGUGAGUUCACUCAUCGAAGACGGCAUGUCCAAAAACCCCUUGGACGUGGUGGAGGGCUGCUGCUCUGACCUAGCCAUCACCUUUAGCGGAAUGUCACCAAACCAGAUGCAGGUCAUGAUGUUUGGGGUUUACAGACUACGCCCGUAUGGGCACAACUUCCAGGAUUCCUUGAUAUUUUUCCCCCCUGAGGGCUCUGACAAUGACUAA